CAAAAAAGAAAAUUUUAUGUCUAUCGUUUUUUAAGUUUUACGUUCAUGGCAUUAAAUGUAUAAAAUAUUAUAAAUGGUGUUAGUCCAUCCACUUAACUUUUUAGCCAAGCCUUUUUAAGGCGUUUCGGUUAAAAGUGUGGUAAAUUUUGUGUAUUGUCAAUGGUGUUUCACAUGCUGUUCACGUGUAUUGCAUACUUGAAACAUUGUUUAUGUGGAAAACAACAUAACAUAAAACCAACCAACUGCGAAAUCAUAUGACGUGUGAGAAACUCAUCUGAUAUAUAAACAAACCUAUCUACAGGAUAUUGUAGAUCAGAUCACAUUAACUUUUAAUAAAUAUGUCUUCGUUUAUCUCUACCAUAUUAAAAUCGACUGUUGGUUUAAUAUGUAACAAAGUACGAGAUAAAACAGCAGAAAAUCGUAAAGACGGUGAUGUUACGGAUGCGAAGCUUCGAGAAUUUGUUGUGAGAGAAUUGAAUGAUAUUAAAACUAAACUAGACGGACUGUCACGAAAAGAUCUUCUCAGCAGUUAUGAUUUCUUAGACGAAGGAAUUCGCCUUUUACUUGAUUGUAUCGAGAACUCUGCACAUCUAAAAGAGGGAGAACAGAAAAGAUUGAGAAAUUUAACUCAAGGAAGUCAAAUUGACGCGUCGUUGAUUUCAAGCAACCAAAGCAGUGAAAUAUCUAAAGACUUUGAUCAAGAGCACGAACUUGAUGAAGCUUUUAAGACAUUGAGCAUUGAAAGUCCUGUUGAAUUAAAAACCGCUGUCGUAAGAUUUCGAGACGCUAGCAAAGAAGCAACCCGUGCAUUCAAUAACGAAAGUUUGUCAAUUGAAGAUAGAAUCUUUGCUGCCAAAAUUCGAGUUGUUUCAACCAUUUUGGAAUGCAUGGAACGUCCACAAAUGGCCAUUACAUUUUGUUUCUCAUUUUUGGAUAAACUUCAUUCAUUACCUGCUAUUCGUGAGAUAUUUAAUGUUUACAUCAAUGGUGGUCCAAAGUCAUUAUUUAAUAAAAACGAUCGUGUAGAAAAUGUACGAUCAGUGAUGUUUAUUAACCGCUUAUUCUAUCAGUUUAUUAUGAAGUUUGGGAAAACCUAUCAUAUGGCUUUAGAUUGGCCGACCAUUCAACUAAAAAACAAACAAUUUAAUCCAAUAUUGGGUUGGCGUGAAAUCUCGCAGAGAAAUUCUUGGGACAGUGAAGUCCAAGGUCCAAAUGAAUUGGAAUUGGAAAGGGAUAUCUAUAGACGACAUGUUCAUUGCAACAGUAGCAAUGAUUUAAUUUAUUGCGAUCUAAAGAGCAAGUUAAUCAAGAUUAUGAGAAAAGAUGCUGAUGAUGAAAUCGUCUAUGAAUUUCCUGAAUCUGACUUGAUAAUGGGAAGCUUUAUAGAUAAAAAUGAUGACAUGUACAUCCUUGUCUAUCGAGUAACGUCCUCUAACUUUCAUCUAGUGGUGUUGGAUCCUCAUUUUCUUGUUAAAAGUGAAAUAUCCUUGGAUUUUACUGACGAAAACUUUAUGUUCUUGUUUUUAUUUGUGUCAGCAGAAAACAUCGUGCUUUACGAUAAAUAUAAUAAAUGUGUGUUUGUUUAUGACUUGCAAGGAAAAUUGAUAAAGCAGUUUACAGUUGAGCUAAUAGAAUAUCCUGUGCAACGGAUAGCUGUUACCAAUGAGAACGAAAUCAUUUUAGCUGACUAUGGUUCUCUGUACAUCUAUUCAAUGGAGGGUUGUUUAAAGUCGAAAGUGAAUUUGGAUACAUUGUUUAUUAACGAUUUUUUCUAUCACUUUGGUCUGAACAAAUUUCUCAUAAUUGAAGAGUGUCUUGAUAAUAACUGUAUUCAUAGUUGUGAUCAUUCAGGAAAACUUGAAACAUUGACUGAUCUUAAAGGCAUUUUUAUUUAUGGAUUCUUAUCCUCAAGUCCAGUUCCUGUUAUCAUUUGUGGCUCAGCUCGUACGUCCUCACGUUACUUUAUGUUGUGUUAAAACCACUUGAAACUACUAAACCAUUUUUCAUGUUGGUAAUCAAUCGUCUUUUAGUGUAAUCUCCCUCCUCCUGUUUUUGUAGAGCAGUGUUUGUAAAAACACUCUAUUUAUAUCACAUUUUUUACUUUAUAACAACUGUAAUACUUUAUGUAAGAUUUCACAUUGAAAUGUUAAUUUCUUCUAAUAUUUGCUAAUAAAUCCUCAAUAUCUUUAUGUAAAAAAGAAAAAAACUCAAAAAAGUAGCUACAAUAAAAGAUGAGCGAUUAUAGACUACAUCGUGGCCAAUUAAGUUAUCGCUAAGUUAAGCUAUAAUUUUUAUGUUUAAUUGAAUUAUACAUUGUAAUUUACAAAAUCCUGUACGCACUUUGUUAAAUGUAUGAUAAAAAGA